GUUCAUCCCUCCCUACAGUGCGCAUGAAGGUCAAAGUGUCAGGAGUCUUAUUCCAAGUGCAGUUCGGAAAUUCUCGUUAAUACUCAAAAAAUAUCGAAUUAAUCGUGAAAAUGGCGAGAAAAUUUUUCGUUGGUGGCAACUGGAAGAUGAAUGGAACGAAAAAGGAAAUCGACGAAAUCGUGGCAUUCCUUAAAGCAGGACCACUCGAUCCCAAUGUCGAGGUUGUCGUUGGUGUCCCUGCAAUCUACCUCCCCUACACGAAGAGCAUUCUCCCGAGCACAAUAGCUACCAGUGCCCAGAACUGCUAUAAAGUACCCAAGGGAGCAUUUACCGGCGAAAUCAGUCCCGCCAUGCUCGUGGAUAAUCAGAUCCCCUGGGUGAUCAUCGGUCACUCGGAGAGGAGAAACGUCUUCGGGGAGUCCGACGAACUCACCGCCGAGAAGGUCGCACAUGCUCUCGAGGGUGGUGUCAAGGUGAUCGCCUGCAUCGGAGAGAAACUCGAGGAACGCGAGGCUGGAAAAACCGAGGAGGUGGUGUACCGACAGACGAAGGCAAUCGCCGACAAGAUCAAGUCCUGGGACAACGUUGUCCUGGCUUACGAACCGGUGUGGGCUAUUGGCACAGGAAAAACAGCGACCCCGCAGCAGGCCCAGGAAGUCCACGAUCAGCUGAGGGCCUGGCUGGCUAAAAACGUCAGUCCAGCGGUUUCAGAAAGCCUCAGGAUCAUCUACGGGGGCUCCGUAACAGCUGGAAAUGCUAAAGAGCUUGCUAAGGAGAAGGACAUCGACGGAUUCCUCGUCGGAGGGGCUUCUCUCAAACCUGAUUUUGUACAGAUCGUCAAUGCCAAACAAUAAUUACGCUUCCAGUAGAAUCGAAGCCAGAGAUAAGGAUGAGAUCGUCAGGACAAUAGGGACACUGGAGAUUAUAAUAAUUUUAGAAAUCAGGGCUGAAGUGGUAAAAAUAUCCUCCAACUUCCGUUGAUAUGGAAUUAUUUUUAAUUAAUUUCCAUGGGCUUUGGGAUGGGAGGUAAUUCAUGGAAAUCGCAUCAUCGAGUGAUGAGAUACAUCGAAAAUCCAUUUUUACCACUUUUUCCUUCGAUCCACAUUCAUCGUUUCCUGAAGAUAUUUUCGAGGAGAAAGAGUCUAUUCACUGUUGGCCGUUGAUAAUGUAUAUUCAGGUGUCAUUGUGAUGCCUCAAAUAAAACCUGAUGCACAGAUCGUA